UUUAACGGCAGUGAUGUGGGCAGAAGUGAGCUAUGGGGAGAAUGGCAGGGCUGUGCCAUCCACAUCUCCAGUAUGGGAAAGCAGAAGCUUCAGUUGUCAGGGGCUCCCACUCCAUACUUCCCCCCAGGCUUAUCCAGAGGAAGGAACAUUUUUCUGUGUGGGGGUGGCAUUCAUGUUGGAAGGGGAUGGUGUUAUUUUUGUUCCCCACAAAUGCGGAUGUUUAAAAUAGUGCUUUAUUCAAUCGGCAUGAGUGACACAUAGACUAUGUAUAGUGGUGGAACUGGGCCUGGCAGAUGAUGAGGGCCAGAUCUCACCAAAACCAAGAGUCGUGGUUCUGCACUGACAGCCCCGAGGGCUCUGCUCUGAGGAUGCCAGCACAGAACCCCCACUGUGUGCUGCCUGGCAAGUUCACUUGCACAACUACUGAAUUGUCUGAAAUGGAUGUACCUCAGAGCCAGUGAACUGGGACUUGGGCUUCGUUUCCAUGGGGCAUGCCAGCGGGUCACAUUUCCUCUCCGAACCGCCCUCCAAGCUGCACUGUACUCGUGGAGGGAAAGGGACAAGGCUUCACAAGAAACAGCACAUGCUUUCCUUUCAUUUCUGGGAGUCCCGGGAUCCACCUACAGAUGCUGUUCCUUCCGUGGCCGAUGGCGUUCAGACUCCUAGCUGCCGACGGUGCCAGGCAAACAACUGGACAGAACAGCUCAGCUACAGGAAGCUGGCCACAGUCUCGGCCAGAGCAGCAGCCCCCCAGCCACAGACCACCUCUGCCACCCCAUCCAGGAGCCUUCUCACCUCUUGCAGGCUUGCCCCGGCCCCGCCACAGGGGCUGAAGAACUGGGAGGUGGUGGCAGCAGCCGCAGGGGUGCCUACAGCCUUGGGGCCAGUCCAGGCACGUGGGACCCUGCUUCGGGCAACUCUGCAGCCCCUCCAGGGACAGGGAGGGACCCAGGACAGCCCCAGAGCUCACCACUGUCUCUUCCUAUCGCUGAAACCUAGGCGAGGGCUCAGAAUGGAAGCCACCACUCCUGAGCUGAAACUGCAGGCCAGACUGCGGGAGGUGGGGGACAGGGUGAGUGGAGCUCAAGAUAGCCAGGAGCUAAAGCAGCAGCUGCGGCCGCUGCCCAAGCCACCAGCCUCCUCCCAGCGCGAAGUGAAAUAUGUGGAGAUGUGCGCUUCAGCCGGAGUCUGGAGCAGCAGUCGCCGCACGGGGAGUCUCACUCCAGAGCGCCGCCCCAGGGAUCAGAGGGCCUCUAGGAGUCCCAAGGAGAGAGAGCAGGAUGAAGCCAGCGGUCAGGAGUGCGAGGCUCCAACCUCCCGGAAGAAUCUUGCUUCCUCCGGACUCCCCAGAUCCCAGCUCCCCGACACUGACCAGGGUAGCCACUUCUCCUUCUCUUCCUCCCCGGUGGACAAAGGCGAAGAAGGUGGCCUUUCCAAGAUGGAUGAUGACACCACAUCAACAGGGGCUCUGGCCACCUCGUCCUCAUCUUUAGGCUUUGAGAGUGACAGUGGUGAGCGCGCAGUGAGCUGCCAGCCCAUGGUAGGAGGAGGAGGGGGAGCAAGAGGAGGAGGGGGUGGUGAUGGGGGAGGAGUUGGAGCCGAGUGCAAGGACAUUAUUGCCAGGUCUCAGGGCAGCAGAGACCCCCCCAAAAGUGAGGAGGCUCACUACAUCACUACCCACGAGAUCCAGCUGAGUGAGGUGGAGCAGGACAUGGACUUCGACGUGGGACUGGCCUCCCGCUUGGAUUUCGAGGACAACAACGUCAUCUACUCGUUUGUGGACUAUGCUUCCUUUGGUGGCAGCGAUGAGACCCCGGGGGACGUCACCACCGCGACCGAAGAGGACGACGACAACAGCUGCUACCUCAGCACCACUCCCAGCACCAACGCCACGCGGACGCCCAGCCCCACGAGCAGUGACCCCGCCCGCCCCAGCGCAGGCAGCAGCGGUCGCAACACCAGCAGCACGGAAGUGGGUAGCGGCCCCUCGGACAGUGACCCCACUCCCCCACCCACUGGGUCUGGCACUGCCACCCCGCGGGAGCCCUUGCCCGAGCCCCCGGAGGCAGCUUCAGGGGCAGCAGCCGCGGCAAGCAGCUGUGGGAGUGCAGCAAGCCAGAUCCUCCUAUCAAUCAAACCAGCUUCCCGGGCUAUAAAUGAGCCUAGCAACGUGCGUGCAAAGCAAAACAUUAUUCACGCUGCCAAGCAUGAAGGCGACAUGAGCCUCCGCGUCUCUGCAGCUGCUGAACACAAUUCAAGUUCACUGAAGCAAGACCCGGCUGCAGCCGUGGCUCAGGACCAUGCAAAGAAAUUCAUCGCGGUCCCUGCUCGCCUGCAAACCCGGUGCGGGGCCAUCCGCGCCAAGGAGCUGGUGGACUACUCCAGCGGGGCCUCCAGCGCCGUGAGCGAACUGGACGAUGCGGACAAAGAGGUGCGCAACCUGACCUCCCGGGCCUUCCGGAGCCUCGCUUACCCCUACUUUGAGGCUCUGAACAUCAGCUCCCGGGAGUCCUCCACGCUCUCCGAAGUCGGCUUUGGGCGUUGGUCGACCUUUCUGGACCUAAAAUGUGGAGGUGUUGGAGCCAGGGUGGAACAGAGCCUCCUCAGGAGCAGCGCGGCCUCCGUGGCCGCGGGUCUGAGGAAGGGAGGUGGGGCCCGGACCACCGCAGACCAGCUCUACAUCCAGUCCAAGAAGUCCCAGACCAAGGCCUUGGAGUUCGUCGUCAGCAAAGUCGAGGGUGAAAUCAAACAUGUGGAGACACCGCUGUGUUUCCAGAAGCAGGUCCAGACGGGCUCUCGCGUGGUCACCCUUCUCGAGCCUCUGAAUUUACGCAGUGAGAGCAAAGCCACCUCAGCCACUGGGCCCUGCAGGGCCACCAAAGGCUCCAGCAAGGGCCCUGGAUCGGCAUACACAGACGAUGGCUCCGAGACAUCUGAGAGCAGCAAGCCUUCCCCCCGCGCCGACGGCCCCCAGAAGAAGUCCAAGUUUGCUUCCAGUCUGCUCAAAAAUGUCAUCUCCAAGAAGAUGCAGCGGGAACAUGAGUUCAAAAUGGAGAGGGGAGAAGUCAUUGACACUUCCUACCAUCACCUCUCCAGCACCUCCAAGGAGACGGAGAGCCCACCCGGGGGUGAGAAGCAGCGGGAGAGGGGCCUGCAGAGGCAGAGUUCUCGCCACUCGGAGGCCGGCUCUGAGCACACGGUGGUCAGCGUGUCUGAUGCAGGUGGGGAAGGGUCCAUGGCUGGGUCUAAAUCCCCCACUUUCAAAGCCAGUGCGCCUCGGGAGAGCAAUGCAGGCGCUGGCAGAAAUUUUGCUGAUGGACACACUGAAGUGUGUGAAAUCAAAAAGAGCGCAUCAGAGACUGUCAGGAGCAUCUUCCUCCGCAGUCAGAACAGCGCGUUCCGGUCGUGGAAGGAGAAAGAGGCCGAGAAGCGGGAAGAGAAAGCCCCCAUCGGAAAGCUGAAACUCCCCAAAGGGGGCGACUGGAGGGCUGAUCUCGGAGAGCUCUCUGCCGGCAAGUCCACCAUCAUGUCCCGCCUCUUUGUCCCCAACAUCCAGCAGACACCCAAGGACAAGCAGCCGGGGAAGCAGGCCACCAAGCAGCCUGCCGCCCAAGCCACCUCCACGGCUGUGAUCAGGCCCAAGGCUCCCGAAAUCAAGAUCAGGCUGGGGAGCGUGCAACAGCCAAGCUCGGAUUUCAACAUUGCCAAGCUGCUCACUCCCAAACUGGCCAGUGGCAGCACCUCGAACCUCUUUAAGACCAUUGAGGACAACAGCAGAGCGCAGCAGAAACUCUUCCGGGGGGACAACCUGGAAAAAGUGCCCCAGUUCCAGGUGAGAGAUGUCAGAGACAAGUCCAAGGCCCAAGGCCCCCUCCACCAGGUGAGAGAUGUCAGGAAACUAAUCAAAGGGUCAGGGGACAGUAGUGACAAGGGCAGUGUUACCCCAGAGCAGGGGCUGACUGGGCCAAAACCCAGGCAGCUGGCUGCUGCAGCUGGCGGAUCCGGAUCCCUGUCCCCCGUGGUGAUUACGUGCCAGGCUGUGGUGAACCAGAGAGGAGACAGUGCAGACCGAGAGCCGAGGGAGAACGCGGGCAGAGGCGGAAGCAGCAGGCGCUUGGAUUCCUCCUCCCCUGAAGGGACAGUCUUGGUUCACAGGGCGUCUGGCAGGCUGCCCGUGGCCACCAUUGCCCCCAAUAAGCCUGAGCAGGGCUCCUACCUGCCUGUGCUCAAGAUCGUCUCCAAGGCUUCUGCCCAGAAGACCCCAGAGAAGGCCAAGGAGGAGGAGGCCAAGGAGGAGGGGAAAGGCCCGAAGCCGUCCCGGAAUGCCCUGGAGAAGCUGACCGCCGCCGUGAGGUCCAUGGAGGAGCUGUACAGCUUCAACAGGAACGAGUGGAAGCGUAAAAGUGACCCCCUGCCCAUGAUGACCGACAGCCACGUCCUGUCGCUCAUCGCGAGUGAGGAGAGGGAAGGGGCCGGGGGGGCCGAAGGGGACCCCAACAAGCUGGCCAGACGUCUGGGUGAGGUGGAAGAGCGGGGCACAGGAAACAGAGGCGGAGUGGUCCUGCGAGGGGGUCCCGUAGAGCGUCUGCAGCGGAGAAACUCCAACCCGAGCGCUGAGAGCGUGUCUGCCCGGGCAGCGGCCUUCGAGAACCUGGCCAGGGAGAGGCCCCGAUCCCUCUAUAUUCCCCCAGUGCACAAGGAUGUGGAGAGGACCCAACCCCUGCAGCCCCUCCCACCACUCCCCAGCAACCGGAACGUGCUCACCGUGAGUGCCAGCAGCACCCAGAAAACUGGGGGUGUCGCUGGCAAGUUCCCCCAAGGACCUUCUCCAGAGAGUCCUUCAACCGCAAAGGGCAUCAAAUCGCAGGGACUCCGGUCCCUCAAGAUCUCUCCGGCCACCCGGGCACCUCUCGAUGAGGUGACCAACAGCAAAAAUGGCAGCAAUUUGGAAAAGAGCAACAGUGACUGUGAGAAUUACCUGACCAUCCCGCUUAAAGGAAGCUCUGCAGCUGGGGAGCUUCCGGGCAGGCCUGGGCCUGGGAGGGAGGGGCUCCCAGUCUCCUCCGCGGCCACUCUCUGCAGCUUGCCCCCUCUGAGUGCCCGCAGUCAGGUCCCCAGUAGCCCCAAAGGCUCUCAGGUCAGUGGAACCAGCCGGCCAGCUUGGCGUACCAAACUGGACAACACCCGGGAGACAGUAGCUGCCCCCACAGGGCCACAGAGCCCCGAGCGCCCCCCUCCCACCAUCUACCACCAGCAGCUGCUGCCCUUCACCCUGCAGGGGGCCCAGCCCCAGGUCCUCUGUUUCUCCCCACCUGGCAUGCCUGCCCCCACACCUGCAGGCCCAGCUCCGGUCCCCACAGACCCCUUCCAGCAGCCACAGCCUCAGCAGACCCAGCGUAAGAUGCUCCUGGAUGUGACGACUGGCCAGUACUAUCUGGUGGACACACCAGUACAGCCCAUGACCCGGAGACUCUUUGACCCCGAGACAGGGCAGUAUGUGGACGUGCCCAUGACCACCCAGCAGCAGGCUGUGGCUCCCAUGUCCCUCCCUGUGCCUCCCUUGGCCCUGAGUCCCGGGGCCUAUGGCCCCACCUACAUGAUCUACCCUGGGUUUCUGCCCACAGUGCUGCCCACCACCACCCUGCAGCCCACGCCAAUUGCUCACACUCCAGGAGGCAGUGAGCUCUCCCCCAUGGCGGCAGAGCAUCCUGGCAAAGAGGCAGCUGCGACCUUCACCGAGGCCCCAUACUUCAUGGCCUCUGGUCAGGCUCCUGCCUCCUCUUCCUCCUCAGCCGCAGCAGCCACAUCCCAGCUGGUGGGGGCCAAGGGCUUCGCCCAGCUGCAUGGCAAGCCUGUCAUCAGCAUCACUUCACAGCCCCUGGGGCCACGGAUCAUUGCCCCCCCUUCCUUUGACGGCACCACCAUGAGCUUUGUGGUGGAGCAUCGAUGAUGAGCAGUCACCAGAAAGCAGAGUGGAGCAGCUGCUGGAGCAAGAAAGAAAGAUGGACGGUUCUUCUUUAAUCUGAAGGUUACAUUGUAACAGCACUAAGAAUUCAUCUGAAAAACUUCCUCUACAUGUGUUAUUCUUAGUUUUUGCUUCUUAUAAACCAAGUGUGUAAGUUUCUAUAUUUUCCUGAACAAUGCUGUUAAGACAGUUUGUGUUAUUUUAGUUUUACUAAGCUGAUUGAAUGGUUGCAUUUUUCCUGUGUAAAACUUUCUUUUUAUACUUUAAUACAGGAUAUAAGCUUCCUAUUCAUCUUUCCCUCCUGCAUUUGUGACUAGGCAAACAAUCUCUUAAGUGUUCUCAUGGUUCAAUCAAAACACACAACACAACAGGAUUGGUUCUGUUGUAAACCAAGCCAGCAAACUAAUAUUUGGAUCACAAAUCUCCUUAUAGGUUCUUGGAAUGUAUCAGGACUAGCUGGCAUAGUUGUAGCACCAGUCUGCAUUUUAAAUAUGAGGGGUCUGCAUUUUGAAUCAAUACCAGCCAAGCCUAGUCAUUCUCUUGGUUAUGUUUUACAUGUUCUUUUAUUGGGUUUAGCAUGAUUUCAAAUGUGAUUGUGAAAAACAGUGGUUUUAACUUUUGUGCUUUGCUUAAAUUUUCCCAUUUGUACAAUGCCAUGACACUCUUUGUUGCCUUAAAAUGGAAUGGCUUGAAAUACUGGAGAGGCAGUGAUUGCAAUUAAAAUUAAGUUUUUAGUCUCAGAAAGGUAUAAAAUAUCUGUUUCCCGCUCGGAAUCCAACCUUUGUUAUGAGUGUAUAGCAUUAUUUUUCUUCCUCAAUGAUUCCCUCCAUAGUUGCACACUCCUGUCUCUCACGGAUUGUUUGGAGUCUGAAGAGUGACUUGUUGGGGCAGUAGAAUAGAACGUAAACUCUGAUUCAGUGGCUCUGAUUCUCUCCAGCCCUACACACACCAAUAGCAGUGACCCAGGAUUACACCACUUGCUCCUUAUGGUUUUAAGAGACGUUGAGAAUCCAAAUCACGGAAUCUUUCAUCAAUAUUCAAUACUGCCUCAGUUAUAACCCAGUUCUGAAGGUUAUUUUAGUGAGUGUUCACAAUGAGUCUUGAAGAGUUGAUUGAACAGAUAAAUAUUUAGCUUGUCAUAAUUAAUAAGUGUGUCAAUAUAUAUAUUCCACAAAUGUUACAUUGGAAUAUUUCUUACUUUUUAAAAGAAUAACUUGAAGGUUCUCCCAGACUUUCUUUAAGGAAUCUCCUCUUUUUUACUUAUUGUUUGAAGAUAAAGCAUUCUGGUAAUUUUUUUAAAGCCCUUAUUUUGAU